AUGGCCCGCGGGGCGAGCGUGUUCCCCGUGCUGCUCGUGCUCGCCGCCUGCGGGCUCCUGCUGCGCGGCACGCGGUCCCCAGACGCCGCCUUCGCGCCGGCUGGCACACGCAGCGUGCACCGCCAGUGCCAGCCCGCGGUCGCUGCGGGCGCGCUCGCGCUCGGCGCGGCCCCCGCGGUCGUCAGCACGGUCCCCGCCCGUGGCGGAGUGGCCGCCCACUUCAAGGUGACCCUGGAGACCCCGGACGGCACGAAGGAGUUCGAGUGCCCGGAGGACGUGUACAUCCUCGACCAGGCCGAGGAGGAGGGCCUCGAGCUGCCGUACUCCUGCCGCGCGGGCUCGUGUUCCAGCUGCGCCGGCAAGGUGCUGUCUGGCGAGAUCGACCAGUCGGACCAGGCCUUCUUGGACGAAGACCAGACGGGGGAGGGCUUCUGCCUCACGUGCGUGACCUACGCCACCUCGGAUGUCACUAUCAAGACGCACUGUGAGGACGACCUCUAA